AUGACUGAUAACUGCGGAAAUUCCAAAGGCUUCGGGUUUGUCAGUUAUCAGAGGCACGAGGAUGCAAAGAGGGCAGUGGACAACAUGAACGGGACCGAGAUCAAUGGGAGGCGGAUCUAUGUGGGCCGUGCUCAAAAAUGGGCAGAGCGGCAGCUUGAACUGAAGAAACAGGAAACCAUGACAACCUACUGCCAGAGGCCUGCCAGUGUUUUCAACCCCAAUGAGUGGUGUAACUUUGGUUGUGCUGCUGGUGUAGAUGACUCUCAGGAGCACCUGAGCACACAGCCUCAGAUCACUUCUGUGCAGCCCACUAUACCGGAACCCUUGACCGCUUCUUUUCUGACCAGCAUCUCUCCUGAAGACUGGAAGCAGAUCCCGAGUCACCACCUCUACCCUCUCAUCUGUGAUCAACAGCUUGGCCUGGCAUCUAAAAUCAUUGGCAUGCUGCUGGAGCUGGAGAACUCUGAGAUCUUGCAGCAGUCUUCAGAAUCACUGCAUGGCAAGGCCAGCACCUCUACUCUCUCAUCCUGGACCAGCAGCCUGACCUGGCACCCAAGAUCACUGGCAUGCUUCUGGAGUUGGAGAAUACAAGGAUCCUGAAGCUCCUGGAGUGUCCAGAGUCACUGCACGGCGAGGU